AUGACUUGGCGGUGCGAAGGCUCGGAGUCGGCGCCGCCGCCGCCGCCGCCGCCGCCGCCGCCGCUUGAGCCGGCUCAACUUCCGUUGACCGAGAUCAGUUGCGAGAUGCUGUGUGCUACACUGAGCGGGAGGACGGUGAGCAGUGGCGGAGGUGGUGGUGGUGGCGGCGGCGCGCCACUGUACGGGCGCCUGGUGGCCGAGGAACCGUUGCCGGGCGCGGUGGGCGGCGGCGGCGGCCCCGGGCCCGGCCAGGACGCACCGGCCGACAUCCACGCGAUGCAGGCCAGGAUACCACACAGGUUUCGCGACCCGGCCACCGCCCCCUUGCGCAAGCUCAGCGUCGACCUCAUCAAGACCUACAAGCACAUCAACGAGGUGUACUACGCCAAAAAGAAAAGAAGGGCGCAACAAAUGCAGGGCGAGGACGGCUCGCACAAAAAGGAAAGAAAGCUGUACAACGACGGCUGGGAUGACGAUAACCACGACUACAUUAUCAAGAAUGGCGAGAAGUUCCUUGAUCGAUACGAGAUCGAUUCGUUAAUAGGUAAAGGCAGCUUCGGUCAAGUAGUAAAAGCGUACGAUCACGAAGAACAAACUCAGGUGGCAAUAAAAAUUAUCAAGAACAAGAAACCCUUCCUCAAUCAAGCGCAAAUCGAAGUUAGGUUAUUGGAAAUGAUGAAUAGAGCGGAUACCGAAAACAAGUAUUAUAUAGUUAAACUCAAGAGGCAUUUUAUGUGGCGGAACCAUUUGUGUUUGGUAUUCGAGCUACUAUCGUACAACCUUUACGAUUUACUUAGAAAUACGAAUUUCCGAGGGGUAUCGUUAAACCUUACGAGAAAGUUCGCGCAGCAACUGUGUACUGCCCUUCUGUUCCUGUCCACACCGGAAUUGAACAUCAUUCACUGUGAUUUGAAGCCUGAAAACAUCCUUCUGUGCAAUCCCAAGCGAAGCGCAAUAAAAAUCGUCGAUUUUGGUAGUUCAUGUCAACUUGGACAGAGGAUAUACCAAUACAUACAAUCUAGGUUUUACCGAUCACCCGAAGUCUUACUAGGAAUACCGUAUGACCUCGCGAUAGACAUGUGGAGUCUAGGUUGUAUUUUAGUAGAAAUGCACACAGGGGAGCCCUUGUUCAGUGGAGCCAACGAGAUGGACCAGAUGAAUAAAAUCGUGGAAGUGCUGGGCAUGCCGCCCAAGCACAUAUUGGACCAAGCGCACAAGGCGCGGAAGUACUUUGAUAAAGUCCCGACAGACGGCUCGUACGUAUUGAAAAAGCCGAAGGAGGGCAAGAAGUAUAAGGCGCCGGGUACGAGGCGAUUGCACGAUAUAUUGGGCGUCGAGACGGGCGGACCUGGCGGCAGGAGGCACGGCGAGCCCGGACACUCCAUCUCCGACUACCUCAAGUUCAAGGAUCUCAUAUUGAGGAUGCUCGACUUCGAUCCGAAAACACGGGUCACGCCUUACUACGCCUUGCAGCACAACUUCUUCAAGAGGACGGCCGACGAGGGGACCAACACCAAUAUCGCCGCUGCCAAUAGUGCCAAUACUAGUCCUGCGGUCGUAUCGAUGAGUCAGGACCAUGGACUGGUUAGCAUGUCUGGCGCGGGCAGCAGCAGCGGCGGCAGCAGCGUCGGCGCGCAGCCGACAUCGUCCCAGAGCGGCGUGGUCGGCGGCAGCUACCAGCCGAUGGACACGUCGUCGCCACGGCACACGACGGCCUCCCUGGCCGCGACAGCGGCCACGGCUGGCCGACGAGCCGGCCCGGCGAGCAGCGGCUCGGCGCCCGCCUCGAUCGAGCCCAGCGGCAGCUCUGGCGGCGCGGGCGGCGGCUCCCUCAUCCAAAGCUCUCUCGGCUCCUACAACAGCCUCAUUCUUCCUAGCAUUCCCCACUUGCCGAUGACCGGCAUCCACCAUCACCACCACCAUCACCAUCACCACCACCACCAGCAAGCCAACUUCUACAACUACACCGGCUACGGCUCGGGCGUGGUGUCCGAGGGCCACGCCCGUCAGGUGGUCGUGCCCUCGCAGGUGGUCGGCGGCAAGCCGCGGCCCGAGGCCGAGCGCGAGGACAGCCCUAUGGUGGGUGUGUGCGUGCAGCAGAGCCCCGUCGCCAUACACUGAUCGACCCAUCCUCGCUACACUUUUGCGACCAGAGCGCGCGACAGGCUCUAUCCAUGCCGAUAACGGUUGUCGUGCUCGAGCCACCGCCGAGGCUCCUCGCCCCUAUUUCGCUUCAUCCCGAAAGCUUUUCGACGUUUCAUCGUCCUCGCAGUCUUGCCUUCUUCUUCAACCGGGACGUUCUUCGUGUGCUUUUCUAAUGUUGAAACGAGCGCUGGUCCCACUGGGAGGACGAGCUUUGUAACUCCCGACGAAUAACCUCGAAAGAUGAGUAAUUGGCCAGGCGGGUUGUGAACUGUGAACAAGGUGCGGAUAUGACUGGCUGGCUGACAAUCAGCGAUAACGAUGGAUCACAACCAAAUACGAAAUGUGGACGACGACGAAGCCAAAGGGUAUCUAACUUUCUUCCUAGCAUGAGUGAAGCUCGUACGCUGCUACACAAAGCAGGGAAUGUAUUAUUGCAACAGCUUGGAGAGCAUCUAUCUAUUGAUCGAUUGAUCAACAAGUUAUGUAUGGGAGAUCGCUCGUUAAGCCAUUCGACGCUAAAGUCAUGUGUAUAUAUAUAUAUAUCAAACCUGUUUGUGUAUAUUGCGCUCAUUAGCUCAAUAUACGAGAGGGGCAAAUGAAUAGAGAGAAAUAUUAGAGCAAAGCCGAAAAGUAGAUGAAAGCUGCUGAAUAAUGCCGCGUUACUUCGAGAGCACAGAUGGACGGGGGAUUACGGCCUAGUGUGUGGACGAAAGCCAGCCUGGCCUUUCUGGGUCCUACCCGACAGACACUUAAUUAAAAUUAAAUAGCAAAAUAAUCGGAGGACAAAGCAAAUUUAGUCGAUAACGCGACAAGGGAUAACUUUUACCAUAUGAUGAACUGUGUGGCCUAGCGAGGAAAAAAGUGAUAAUUAACUAUUACUAUUAUAUUAAACGAGGGAAAAAAAUAAACAAUGUAAUCAUGUACUCCGAUAGAGUUUUAUAUACGGUGUGACAAAUGUUAAAAAAGAACGUAGCGUGUAUUCACAGUUGAACAAAUAAAAAAGAGAAUGAUUGUCCUUUGUAUAAUAAGUCUAUAAGUGAAUGCAAAUGAGGAUACAGCUUUUGGUUCUUAACCUUUCAAAAAGCAAGUAACGUGAACGAGAGUGCGAGAGUAAGUGGAAGACCGUGAAAUUUCAUGUUAGCAUUGAUGAAUUGGGAAAGAAAAAAAUAAGAAAAAAAAAAAUGAUUUUGGUCUUUUAUUUACUUGGAAUUCGACGAGGCGUUGAGAAUGUAUGGAUAAAAUACGCUGAAUGGCGCAAACUCCAGUUUGUUAUUAACAGAAACUUUGAAACAAACUUCAAAAUUUUUGCGCGACUUAACAAUACAUAUUUAUACAUAAAGUAUUGAUAAGAAAGUUGAUAUGUAAAAGCUGAAGUCGUCACGAAUAAUAUAAUAAUAUGAAAAAAAUCUAGGUACUUUGUAAUAAAAUAAUACAUACGUAUCACAAGUACAUAAGAUCCCUAUGCCGUUAUUGAUUUUUGCCGUUUUUCGUUUUUCCUUUUGUUGUAUAUCAAUCUUUGCUCAGCCUAGGAAACUUAUACUAACGAGUUCAAGGGAAUGCGAAACGAAAGUGAACUCCACGAAAUUUUUUAGAUACUGCUUUUUCAAGAAAUAAACGAAACACGUACUGAAAUAUAGACAUACACUGAA